AUGGCGACGAUGACCAGCCCACAAUCAACCGCUGCUCCAUUCGUUAAUACAUCAUUAUCGAUGAAUACUGAAAAGAUCAAUCUUACCUUGGACACAACAACCUUAAAUAUUUCCAGUCCAACAACAAAUCCACCAUCUCUAUCAGAUACAGUUUUCAUCAGCAGAGUUCAAACGCUUUUCACAGUCAAUGCGGUCUUAUAUAAUUUACAGGGUAACGGAGGUGUCCCAUGGUCUGAUGAUUAUAAUGACUAUUUAUCAGUUGCAUACAUCGCAUUGGCAUCACAAUUUUGCAGCACGAUCACACUCAGUUUAUCAAAUGCAAAUCCCUUAAUUUUUCAAGGUGCUAGAUGUGCAAAAGUUAUAUUCAUAAGAGUUCCUUUAUUUAUUCGUGUAAAAAGACAAAUCAGUAGCAGUACUAAUAAUAAUAGUAGCAGUACAGAUUUUGGAGUUCAAGGCAGUACAACAGUGGAACUUCAGACUGUAUCAGCAUCUCAGAUGAGUCAAACACAAUUCUCUGAACUACUAACUCAAGGUUAUAGUCAACUUAAUAAUACAGUCGGCAUACAAUUAAACAACAUAGAAACAACGCGUACUUCACCAGCUAUAACAUGCCAAAAUAUUCAAUUAGUUUGUGGACAACAUGCAUCCUGUCGAAAUACUGAGAAUGGUGUAACAUGUACGUGUGAUCCAAUGUGGCAGGAUGUAAAUCCAUCCGAUCCUGGGAAAAACUGUUCAUUACAUCCUGGAACUAUUGCUUUGAUAGUAUUCGCUGCGCUUCUACUAUUAGCAGCAAUUGGUGCAAUCAUCUAUUUUGUUAUUAAGACAAAAUCAGUGAAAAAAUUGAAACUGAAAGCAAAUACAAUGAAUUAA